AUGAAAAGAACAACCAAAGAAGUCAAUUACAUAUGGCGUGACAUGGGCACGGCCUCCCGACACGGUGAAUACGAAUGGCAAGAUCCAAAAUCAGAAGAUGAAAUUGUUCGAGUUACAUUUAUUGAUAAAAAUGGAAAGCGAACCAAGGUGAACGGAAAAGUUGGGGACAAUGUUCUCUAUUUGGCUCAUCGCUAUGAAGUUGAAAUGGAAGGUGCGUGUGAGGCAUCUUUGGCUUGUACAACGUGCCAUGUUUAUGUUCAUGGUGAUUAUUUGGAGAAAUUGCCAGAGGCUGAAGAAAAGGAAGAUGAUUUGUUGGAUAUGGCGCCCUUCCUUAAAGAAAACUCCCGAUUAGGCUGUCAAAUAAUUCUAAAUAAGGAAUUAGAUGGCAUAGAACUGGAGUUACCCAAAGCCACAAGAAACUUUUAUGUUGACGGGCAUAAACCCAAACCGCACUAAAUCGAG